ACUAUAGAGAGAAAUCCUUCUAGCUCUCUUAAGAGCAUCACUGACUAAUACAGAACAAGCAGAAGCGAGCGCAGGGACUUAUACAAAUCCUUGGAGAGAAAUUAUGCAGAGUGCAAUGUUUCUUGCCAUUCAGCACAACUGUGGACCAGUAGAGCGAUCAUCUCCUGGAGGCUGUCAGAAAAACGAGGAGAAGAGAGGGAAGAUGAAGAAAACAAUUUUAAAAGAUUGGAAGACACGUCUGAGCUACUUCCUUCAGAAUUCUCAGAACACAUCCAAUGGGUCCCCAACACACCAGAACAAAAGAGGCAAAAAGAAUGCCUAUUGCAGGCCCACUCCAGAAGAAGCCAAGAGUUGGUCAGAGACCUUUGAUGAUCUUCUUGCCAGCAAAUAUGGAAUAACAGCAUUCAGAGCCUUUUUAAAAUCCGAGUUCAGUGAAGAGAAUAUUGAGUUCUGGCUAGCCUGUGAAGAUUUUAAAAAGACCAAAUCCCCACACAAGCUCACAGCAAAGUCCAAGAAGAUUUAUGAUGAAUUCAUUGAAAAGGAAGCUCCCAAAGAGAUUAACAUAGACUUUCAAACUCGGGAAAACAUUAUCCAAACUAUACAGGAACCUUCACACUCCUGCUUCUGUGCUGCCCAGAAACGAGUGUACAGUUUAAUGGAGAACAAUUCCUACCCACGUUUCCUUCAGUCGGAAUUCUACCAGGAAUUGUGCCAGCCACUGUCACAGAUGCCCAAAGAGCCCCAGGCAACAUGAAAACACAGUUGAAGAAGAGCAUAGAAUAUUCACUGGACUUUCACCAAAGUCCUUAGAGGUUUCACGUCUUUGGCCUUAAAGACUCCAUGAGUCGGCAGCAUCGAAAAUGAGAUAUGGCUGUUGACUCAAAGAAAAGGUCACACAGAAAAUAAGGUGGCUGGUGAAUAUGGAGAAGCAGAAGGACUGUUUCAGGCAUGGACAAUGUUAUGGUGAUGGGCACUACAGUGGGAGUUCAAGUACUGUCAUUAGCCCAAGGAGAUUAAAGGACCAUCCAAGCUAUCCAAGUUGUUUGUGGACAUUAUAAAAGACUAGUCAUCUGUUAAAAUAAGUCAUGGAUCAGACGUGGGAGAUUACCAAGAUUUUGAGAUAGUUUCAAUUUUUAAAAGUGACUCUAAAGCAGUUUUUAUUUUAACAUUCGCUGUGCAAGUAAUUCUGCUGUACAUAAUGUGAUAUUGACAGCCCUGGCUACUACCUAUGAAACCUUCCAUUUACCAUGUGGGACGUUUCAAUUGGUUAAAGUGGUGCCAGUGAGCUAACAACCCUGUGUAUUAAGCAGUACCUAUAAGGCUGCAGGUUUCCAGUACAUUACAGAAAUCCAGUUGUGAGAAAAUUGAUAACUUUUCCAUGUAUCACAAUUAAUUAAUUCCCAGAGAUCCACCUCAAAAUCUGUCAUACUGUCAACUUUUUGGCAGUCAUCAACUGUACAGUGUGUUUACUGUUAAAAACAAACAGCACCUGGUGUGUAUUUAUUAUGUAUAAAAUGCAGCGUAUGUAUUUGUUAAAGCCGUGUAUGAGUAUGUAUGAGAGAUUUGUAUAACAGAGCAGCCAGGCUAUAAAUAAUGUCAGACUCUGCCUUGAAGGCAGUUAAACUUCAGUGAAGUUGUUGUUAUAUAUUGAUUUUAAUUAUGAAUAAAUUAUUUUUCAUAGUA